UAUUUUUAUGUAACACUCUUCGCAUCAUGCAUCUGAAUGAAAACAUUAAAUUGCUGGGAAACAAGAUCACCCUAGUCCCCUAUGAGGCACGACAUGUACCCAAAUACCACGACUGGAUGAGCAAUGAGACUCUGCGGCAGCUGACGGCCUCGGAGGAGCUGACACUCUCGGAGGAGUACCUUAUGCAGCAGAGUUGGCGCGAGGACAGCGACAAACUUACGUUCAUAAUCCUCGCCGCCGAUAUCUAUGCCCGUGACAAUGAUGAGAUUGCCGCCAUGGUGGGCGACACAAAUCUCUUCCUGCGCCUUGAUCCCGACAGCAAUGAGCGGGUGGCCGAGGCAGAGAUAAUGAUCGCGGAGCCCCAAGCGAGGGGCAAGGGCUACGGACGCGAGGCCAUGCUGCUCAUGCUGAAGUAUGCCCAAACCCAGCUGCAGCUGCACAAAUUCGAGGUGAAGAUUGACAUGGACAAUGCCGUGUCGCUGCGUCUGUUUGAGAGCUUUCAAUUUGUGGAAACCGCACGCGUCAAAGUCUUCCACGAGGUAACGAUGCAGCGUGAGAUUACCACGGAAUGGAUUGACUGGCUGGACAAGCAAGUGGAGCUGAAGAUGGAGGAUUAUAAUAGUUAAUCAUUCGCAUUUCGUUUAUGUUCUGUUUAUUAAACUUAUUUGUUACAAACUACUUGUUUCGCUUGUUGCAUUUUACAUCCAUAUGUAUGUAUGUGUGUGCUGUAUCGAUGCUGCUGAAUUUGUGGCUGGCUGGGGAGGAUGAUGAUGAUUGUGUAUGCUUCUUGUCUGUCCAUCAGCUUGUGUGUGUGUUUGGGGGGUGCGUGUACUUUGUAUGUAUUUAAU